AUGGUCCACUUGCUUCUAUUUGUUAAUCUAAUUAGCAGCCCCAACAUCUUUGUGAACCUUGCCAGUAAAAACAAGGUAGAGGCUAUGGGAAUCUUGACAUUCCAAGAUGUGGCAAUUGAGUUCUCUCCAGAUGAGUGGGACUGCCUCGACUUUGCACAAAGGGCUUUGUACAGGGAAGUCAUGUUGGAGAACUACAGUAACAUGGUCUCUGUGGACCUGAUCAGGUUUCUUGAACAAAGCAAAGAGCCCUGGAACGUGAACUUUGGAGAGACAGAAGGCAGUGAACAAGCAUGA